UGAUAAGUGGCAGCACCUGCGCAUCGAACUGGCAACGCCAGCACAACUGAUAGGCAAAACACACAGAACACAGCACAGCACACAGAACACACACACACAGCAUAAAUAUAUAUAUAGGGGACAAUAUGUAAUAAUAUUUUGGAGCAUUUAUUAUUAUUAUUUGUUUUGUGCGAACGUAGCAAAAUUUGCAAGUGCCACCACCACCACCACAACAUCUAGUUUGUUGUUUUGGCAAAAUUCUGCAACGACGACGACGUCGACGUCCAGCGCUGCCGGCAGCACACGACAACAACUACUACAACCAUAACACCUACAACAACAAGAUGCACCAACAACACAUGGAUCUUCAUGCGCCCGUGGACUUGAACAAGUCGCUGGACGAAAUGACACCGGAGGAGCGCAUGCGUGCGGAGCAUCAGCUGAUGGUGGAGAAGCACAGAGGCCACGAUGCGAUGCAUUCGGAAAUGGUCAUCAUACUGUUCAUGACCCUGGUGAUUGUCCAAAUCAUACUCGUCGAAUGGAAGAAGCGACACUACAGAUCCUAUGCAUUUGUCACACUGCUUGCCAUGUGGAUAAUACCGCUGAUCAUCUCGUGCAGCUUUGUCUGGCUGCGUUUCAUCAUCAUUUGGCUUAUCUUCACCACCAUUACGGCGCUGGUGAUGCGACGUGCGAUGACCAAGCCCAUUCAAGGCACAACGCCCAGACUGGUCUACAAAUGGUUCUAUUUCAUCUAUAAGCUAAGCUAUGGCCUCGGCAUCAUUGGUUAUAUAGUGAUAAUGGCCUCGUUUCUGGGCAUGAACUAUUUGUUCUCACAACCGCCAAACACAUGGAUGGACGUGGGCCUGAUGUUCUGUUUUUAUGGCCUCUACAUUGGUGUUCUUGGUCGUGAUAUAUCUGAGAUUUGUUCCGAUAAAAUGGCAGCAGCCAUUGGCUAUUAUACGCCGCAAGGCAUGCCGACGCGACACUUGGAUCAAAAUGUUUGCGCCGUCUGCGGCAAUCAAUUGCUGGUUUCGGAGAAGGAAGAAGGCGUCAUUGAGAACACCUACAAGCUGUCGUGCAAUCAUGUGUUCCAUGAGUUUUGCAUACGCGGCUGGUGCAUUGUGGGCAAAAAACAAACGUGUCCGUAUUGCAAAGAAAAGGUCGAUCUGCAGAAAAUGUUUCGCAAUCCCUGGGAGAAACCGCAUGUCUUAUAUGGCCGUUUGCUGGACUGGAUUCGUUGGCUGGUGGCCUGGCAGCCGCUCAUCUUUUUCAUUGUUAAGGGCAUUAAUUGGAUGCUGGGCUUGGAAUAAUUGCAAACAAAGAACGCUGUCAGCUCUCUAGUCAAGCACUCAUCAGACCACUAACAAAUUGGAAUAUUGCUUUACACUUGUGCUUUACACUCAAAUUCAAAUCAAUCCAAAAUGAAAAUACCAAACCAACAACAACAA